AUGCACUUCAACUUCUCUCACUCCCGGAGCAAUUCGCAACAGAACAACACCAGCGAUGCCUUCGCUCCAGGCGCCAUCUCGGGCAUUCUGCACGCAGCGCAGAGUCUAGGGUCAUUCGGGGCGCCCUCGGGGAAUCUGAACGCAGCAGCAUCAGGCACGGCGAACGCGGGUACCGACCGAUUACUUCCCUCGAGCGGCCCUCCUUCGAGCUCAAAUCUCUCUCAGACCCAAUAUCAACCUCAAUCUCAAUCUCAAUCUCAAUCUCAGUCUCAGUCUCAGUCUCAGUCUCAGUCUCGCCCGACCUCGUCUUCUGCAUAUUCUCUGCAACAAGCCAGCUUCGCAACGACUUCGACGCCCUCUGCCGGCGGGGCUGCUGGUCUGAGCCAGAGUCACGGCCAGCGCUACGAGAAUCCCAGGCGUUCGCAACACGCAGACGAGCUGCACCUGAGCCCGAGUGCGAAUAACAUGGCUUCACAACGAUCCCCGAGGGACUUCACGCCCGCAGGCCCUCGCAUCAGCCUCGAGCACGCUACCCCCGACGGCCCGCAAUAUCAGCAGAAUCCGAGCCCGGGGCAGCUUCCAGGCUCUCUUCAACCUGGCAGGCCGGGCUCGAUGUCUGCGAACAACUCGAAUGCAGUACCCUCUACAAUGUCUCAAGAGCAGUACACGACUCCUACACGCGCGUCUGGCCUCGGCCUCUCGCACAACUACACCCGGUCAAGUCCCGCGGGUGGCUUCGACGGCCAGGGCUACGCGCCCUUCGCCCCGAAUACUCCCAGCAGUGGAGACCACUUCAGCUCUCCCACGAACCAGAAAUACACGCCCCAGAACAACCCAAGGACGGUCUCGAACACUCCCCUCGGUCUUGCAGAUAUCCGGCCUCGCGCAGAUUCGGGGCUCUCAGAGGGUAUUCCUGGCGCCAACCCGUACUCCUACGACGGCGCAAAUGCUGUCCCGACUAACAGCAACUACCUCGCUCCGUGGGCAAUAUACGCUUUCGACUGGUGUAAGUGGCCUGCGCAGAACCAUGACGCGGGCAAGGUGGCUGUAGGAAGCUACCUCGAGGAUGGGCAUAAUUUCAUCCAAAUCCUCGAUUCGCAGAUCACCCCAACUCCGUCCGAAUCUUACGUUCCAGGGGCACCGAAAUACGGGCUUGACUUUGUGAAGAUAGCGGAGGCAACACAUUCAUAUCCAGUCACGCGCCUGUUGUGGGAGCCUCCCUCUGCUCAGAAACAGUCUACUGAUCUUCUUGCUACAUCUGGAGAUCAUCUGAGAUUGUGGUCAUUGCCUUCAGAGACCCCAGCGGCAGCCCCGGGCAACUCCAUCUCGCGACCGACUAAUCAUGGCCGGGACUUGCCCGCCAGCAAGCUUACGCCAUUGGCACUUCUGUCCAACUCGAAGACACCUGAGCAUACCGCUCCUCUUACUUCCCUCGAUUGGAACACUCUCUCGCCAAGUUUAAUAAUUACUUCGAGUAUUGACACGACAUGUACGAUUUGGGACAUUCCAACCUUGACUGCCAAGACACAACUGAUUGCACAUGACAAGGAGGUAUUCGAUGUCAGGUUCUGCGCAAACAGUGUCGAUGUAUUCGUCAGUUGUGGUGCCGAUGGCAGCGUGCGGAUGUUUGAUCUUCGGAGCCUGGAACACAGCACUAUCAUCUACGAACCUACUAACAAGGAUGACAAAGACGGCAGCCCAGGAGGCAGGAUAAGUCCUACCCUAGCUCAGCAGACGAUGUCCUACGCACCACCUCUACUCCGUCUUGCUGCUUCGCCACAUGAUACCCAUCUUCUCGCGACAUUUUCCCAGGACUCGAGUCUCAUCCGUAUCCUCGAUGUCCGCCAGCCAGGGCAAGCAUUACUCGAGCUCCGAGGCCACGGCGCCCCGAUCAACUGUAUAGAGUGGUCUCCCUCUCGAAGAGGAACCCUCGCUUCGGGAGCCGACGACUCUCUGGUUCUGAUCUGGGAUCUCCUCAGCCAAAGCACUGCGCUGGCCCCACCAGGCCCAGCCAUCACGGGUGCUCCCGCCUCAGACAACGCCCGCGGACCGACAGCCAGCUGGCAAUGCGACUACGAAGUCGGCAACAUCAGCUGGGCACCCCACAGUGCCCUGAGUAACGAUGGUGGGGACUGGCUUGGUGUAAGCGGCGGUCGUGGGAUCUGGGGGGUGAAGCUAUAA